AUGUCGGCGAGACGUAUGGCCAAGAACCGUUCUCACUUUGAUGUUGUCCAGCCUGGACCAUGCAUUGAUAAGCUGAAAACAGCAACAACUACGGCAAGAAAAUCUUCAUUGCCGGUCCGAACUGACGGGGGUCCUGAAGGAGACGUACUUAGCUUCGAAAUGGAUCCACAAACGUUGGCCACUCGAAAAAAGAAGGAGAGACAAGUUAGUGGCGAAACAUUUAACUCAAACUUCGAAGACAUACAUAAAUAUUAA